AUGUCUGACAUACACCGUUUGGCAGUGGCUCCCUCCUCGGACCCUCAUUUCGGUGUCUCCGAUAGUUCGAACGAUUCUCCCACAAUAUCCAUCGUAUCGUCCAUGAGUCCUCCUUUCUCCGUCUCAAUCCAAGAACUAAACUCCCUUCAUGACCCAAAGUCAAUUCUGGCCUAUAAGAAAUUAUAUUCCAAUGAUGAAAAUGCAUUUUACAACUCUUUAAAGACCUCCCCCAUCCAUGGUAUAGACACCUUUACCAUCGAUGAAAGAAUCCAAUUCUAUAACGAUAACAAAUUGCCCCAACACGUGCCAAAGACUUUCCAACAAUUGGUCCGGGAAGCUUUCAACGAUAAGACUCUUAUCUUGUUAUCCAUUGCCGCUGUCGUUUCCUUUCUUCUAGGGCUGUACGAACUAUUCUUCCAGCCUUCUCAAUAUGACCCUGAGGGCAAUAAGAUCACAAAAGUAGAUUGGAUAGAAGGGGUGGCAAUCAUGUUUGCUGUGGUCGUGGUCGUGCUUGUCUCGGCGGUUAAUGAUUAUCAAAAGGAAUUACAGUUUACAAAACUAAACGCGAAAAAAUUAGAUAGAGUCAUUACCGUCAUAAGAGAUAAUGCCAAACUACAAAUCUCCAUCAACGACUUGUUGGUCGGCGACUUACUUUCUCUACAAACAGGUGAAGUCGCUCCUGCAGAUUGUGUGUUGAUCGAAGGGAAUGUCGAAGCAGAUGAAUCCACAAUCACUGGUGAAUCAGAUGCUGUGAAAAAACAUACUCUGUUAACAACUUUGCAAUACAGCUCAGAUCAUCCAGAUAAUGAUAUCACAAACGAUUCGGAUUUCCCAGAUUGUAUGAUCAUCUCGUCUUCCAAGAUCAUUUCCGGUUUAGGUAAGGCCAUUGUCACUUCUGUCGGUAUCAAUUCCACUCAUGGUAGAACAAUGAAUGCCUUGACAGACACUGAGGAAGAUGAUGCUACUCCUUUACAAAUAAGGUUGACUCAUCUUGCUGACUCCAUCUCCAUCUAUGGUAGUCUUGCAGGGUUGAUUCUAUUCUUGACACUUUUCAUCAAAUUCUGUAUCAAUUGUUUCAAAAAAGAUGGUAAAUUCGUCGAUUUGACCCCUGCUGAGAAAUCAAGCAGAUUUAUGGAUAUUUUCAUCACUUCUAUUACCAUCAUCGUUGUUGCUGUGCCAGAAGGUUUACCUCUAGCAGUUACUCUAGCAUUGGCCUUUGCCACUACAAGAAUGACUAAAGAUGGUAAUCUAGUGAGAAUCCUUAGAGCAUGUGAAACCAUGGGCUCCGCUACAGCCAUUUGUUCCGAUAAGACAGGUACUUUAACUGAAAAUUCAAUGAGUGUGGUUCGUGGGAUCUUUGGUAACACUUUUUUCAACAAGAAAAAUUCAAAAGAUAUUUUACCUGCUGAUAAAAAUAUCAUUGCUACUCCAUUAAGAAAAGAUUUAUUGGCAAAUAUUGUUUUGAAUUCCACUGCUUUUGAAAAUAGUAAAUAUAAACCUACAGGAAGACAACCUUCCAUUAACCCAUCCGAUCCUCCUCCAAUGGGGUCAGGUCCAGUUAAACAAGAACCAUUUAUCGGUUCCAAGACAGAAACAGCUUUGUUGACAUUGGCAAAGAGAGCAAUGAGACUGACUCCACCAAGUACCAUUAGACGCAAAAAGGAUUUCAAUUUGCAUUAUAUUCGUCAAUAUCCAGAACAAGUCUUUGAAAUGGAAAAAAUCGUUCAAAUCAUCCCAUUUGAAAGUUCACGUAAAUGGUCAGGCGUUGUCGUGAAAAGAUCUGCUAAAAAAUAUACUCUUUUCGUCAAAGGUGCUGCAGAAAUCAUUUUCCAAAGAUGUCGAUUUAAAAGAUUAUCUGAUGGUUCUUCCAAAUACAUUACAGAAAAUUUGGCCAAGGAAAUUGGUUCAGAUAUUGCUAAUUUUGCAGAUAACGCUCUACGUGCUAUUUCUUUAACUCACAAAGACUUCACUUGUGAUUCAUGGCCGCCAAGGGAAUUCAUCGAUAAAGAUGAUAAAGAAUCUGCCGAUCCAAACUUAUUAUUUGGUGAACCAGUAGAACGUCUUCCAGCACAACCUUCUUCGGAAAUUUCAGGCUUCACACUUGAUGGGUUGGUUGGUAUUCAAGAUCCUUUACGUGAUGGUGUAGAAAAAUCUGUAGAAUUAUGUCAAAAAGCUGGUGUCACAGUCCGUAUGGUUACUGGUGAUAAUAUCAUGACUGCAAGAGCCAUUGCAAGAAAUUGUAAUAUCCUUACAAAGGAAUCUUAUACAAGUCCUGAAUGUUCCAUGGAAGGUCCCGAGUUCCGUAAACUGACUGACCAACAACGUGUUUCUAUCUUACCAAAAUUAAGAGUCCUAGCAAGAUCUUCUCCAGAGGACAAGAGAUUAUUGGUCCGUACUUUGAAAAGAAUGGGUGAAGUUGUUGCUGCUACAGGUGAUGGUACUAAUGAUGCACCAGCUUUGAAAAUGGCUGAUGUAGGGUUUUCUAUGGGGAUUACAGGUACUGAAGUCGCAAGAGAAGCUUCUGAUAUCAUUUUAAUGACUGAUGAUUUCUCUGCUAUUGUCAAUGCUAUCAAAUGGGGAAGAUGUGUUUCCAUCUCAAUCAAGAAAUUCAUUCAAUUCCAAUUGACUGUCAAUAUAACUGCAGUUAUCUUAACUUUUGUCUCUGCAGUUUCUUCAGAAGAUGAAAAAUCCGUCUUAACAGCUGUACAAUUGUUAUGGGUUAAUUUAAUCAUGGAUACUUUAGCUGCAUUGGCUUUGGCCACUGAUAAACCCGAUCCAAAUAUCAUGAAUAGAAGACCUACUGGUAGAUCUACUCCUCUAAUUGCUAUCUCUACUUGGAAAAUGAUCUUCUCUCAAGCUAUGCUACAAUUGGUUGUCACUUUUGUUCUACAUUUCCAUGGUAAAUCUAUCUUCUUCCCAGAUAAAGAAUCUCUCACAGGUUUCGAACAACAACAAUUAAAUGCAAUGACUUUCAACACUUUUGUUUGGUUACAAUUCUUUACUUUAUUGGUUUCAAGAAAAUUAGAUGAAGCUGAUGGGAUCUCCAAGAUUUGUGACAGAAUGACUUCAAAUAAUUUGAAUUUCUUCCAAGAUUUAUUUAGAAAUUAUUAUUUCCUAAUUAUCUUGUCAAUCAUUGCCAUUUUCCAAACUUUGAUUAUGUUUUUCGGUGGAACUGCCUUUUCAAUUGCUCCACAAACCAAAUAUAUGUGGCAAGUUGCUUUGUUUUCAGGUAUGUUAUCACUUCCAGUUGGUAUUUUGAUCAGAAUCAUCCCAGAUGAAUGGGUAUUAAAAUUAUUCCCUCCAAAAGUAGCAAGGUAUUUGAAAUACAUUUUAACCUUUGAAUUUUUAGGUUUACAUCAAAAGACUCGUUCACCAGACGAAGAAGAAGCCUUAUUAGCCAAUAAUACAAAUAACUAUAACUCAACUACAAAUUAG